GGCGUGGCCGGGGCGGGGCUUCUGGUCUCUGAGGGGAAGGCGCGUGGGCGGGCGGAACCUGUCGGCGGGGCGGCGGGGCAGGCGGAGCGCAUCCAGAGGCGGACCGGCAGCUGCCGGGAAGUGGCGGAAGGUCCGUCGGGCGGCGAUGAUGAGCUUCGAGUGGCCCUGGCAGUACAGCUUCCCGCCCUUCUUCACGUUGCAGCCCAAUGUGGAUACAAGGCAGAAGCAGCUGACUGCUUGGUGUUCUUUGGUCCUCUCCUACUGCCGCCUCAACAAGCUCUACACCAUGACUGUCACAGAGGCCCAGGAAAGCCCCCUGUUCAACAACCGGAAAUUGCAGCGAAAACUGCCUUUGGAAUCCAUCCUUGUUGUGCUAGAGGAACUCAGGAAAAAAGGGAAUCUUGAGUGGCUGGACAAGAAUAAAUCCAGUUUCUUGGUCUUAUGGCGACGUCUGGAAGAAUGGAGCAAGUUCAUCUACCAGUGGGUCUCAAAGAAUGGGCUGACUAACUCCGUUUUCACGCUGUAUGAGUUGUCCAAUGGCGACGACACGGAGAAUGAAGAGUUCCAUGGGUUAGAAGAAUCCCUGCUCCUCCGCGCAUUGCAGGCUUUGCAGCAGGAACACAAGGCUGAAAUCAUCACACUGGACGAUGGGCGGGGUGUCAAGUUCUUUUAACAGCGAUCCUGCUUUAAGCUUUGAGUCUGAUGGGCGCUCUGUCUUUCUUGGCUGAAGGGACCUCUGUGUGCUUCGGUUUCCUUGCAUCAAAGACUGGAACAUCACAAAUGUUGUCCCGAUGGCUCAGCAUCCUUCACCUCUUCAGUGGCUGACUUUCUCUCUGUAUUUCUCUUCCGCCCCAUCAAGGAAUUGUUAUGUUCAAGGCACUCUGAAUAUAGCUCUGAGGACCAGAAUAUCUGCUGGGCCUAGUGGAAGGGAAGUAAACAUGGGCUCUGGCUUUGGGCUUCCUUCCUUGUGCAGGGCUCGCCUCAGAUCCUGCUGACUUGAGAUCAAAACACAGUGGGGCAGAAGGUGGUCAAGUGCACUACCCCCAGCAAGAAGAGGUGGUGGGCUUGUGGAGUACAAUUAAACCACACAGUUCUUUACAGAA